AAUGAAUGAUGCGAUCGAGAAGCGGCGAAGAAGCCGAUCAGUAACCGUCAAAGUUAGAAUUAACAUGCUCUCAAAUCGCACAUCCCCGACGGAAGCAACGACAAGAACUGGAAUUCCCAUGAAGCUCAUUUGGCUACCAUAUACAAUCUUCAGUCUCAUUGUCGUUGCUCUAAUGGUAGCCUCUUUCGUUAGUUAUCACAAAAAGAAUGGACACAAAUAUAGAAGGCGACGGCAAGCUCUUUUAAAGAAUUUUAGCCUUCAGACUCUAGUUGAAAACAUUCACCAAGUUCGACGGAACACGCCAAAUUUUAAUCGACCUCCGCCUUGCCUCCCUGUUAAUCAUACGGCAGAACCCCUAUUGUCGGCCGAUUUUCAAGGUAGUAGUACAUUUCUUAGCGUUUCUAACGUUAUUGUACUCAUUCAUCAUGCAUUAUCAUUUUUACUCUUAACAGGCCGCGACGUUGUCGUUCAGCAAGUGGAAAAAAAGCGAAAGAAAAAAGAGAAGCGAGUGGAAUAUUUAUCCAAUUCGAACGGGUCGAUGAUUGAUUUAAGUUUGCAAAAAGACAUAGCAGCCACAUUCGGCACAAAAAGAGCUCAUAUUAGGCCUAAACAAACUGCUAUAUGGACUUUGCAUAAUGUCCAUAAGUAA